CCCAUCUGAUAAUUCAUCACCUUCCAGCUCAAGUGUCAACGUCAUCCCUUCUAUCCGCUUAACUUAAAGCUCCAGACUUCCAAAGCUUUUCGACAACAAACACAUUUCCAACUCUCUCACAUAUACCAAUCCGCGGCACUUCCAAUCAACAUGAGCGGCAAACUUGUUCCCAAAGACCCGGCGAAGGUCAUGGUCAUUCGUCAAGUUGUCCCAAACGUCAUUACCACCUUCUCCGUGCCAUUCUUGCGAUUUGGUAGGAUUAAGAUUGGCGGGAGGGGCACCGUAGUCCGACUCCAGUCUGGAGCUCUUGCCGUCUUCUCUCCCGUCGCAUUGACAGAUGAGGUCAAAGCAACUGUCGCAUCGCUUGGUGAAGUCAAGUACAUCGCCGCACUCGAUAUCGAGCACCACAUCUUCCUUGGUCCAUGGCACGCAGCAUAUCCCAACGCCAAAGUCCUCGGACCAGAGGGCCUACUAGAGAAGCGCACAAAGCAGAAGAACGAGGAUGUCCCAUUUAGCGUGGUGUUCACUGCCAACAAGCCGACCACCGUUGACUCCGAAUUCGACUCUGAGUUCGAGUACGAGUUCGUGGCGGCCCACACCAACAAAGAGAUCGUCUUCAACCACAAGCCCACCAAGACCAUGAUCGAGGCCGACUACAUCUUCAACCUACCCGCAAACGAACAGUACAGCAAGGCCGGCGGGCAUGCAUCUGACGGCAUUCUGACGAAGCUCUUCAAGGCUGUCAACAGCACCCAGGGCGCUGCAAUGGGCCAGAGGAGGUUCAUCUGGUACGCCAUCAGCUCCGGAGAUAGGAAGGGGUACGCGGCGAGCACUGCGAAGAUCAAUGAGUGGGAUUUCGAGCGCAUCAUUCCGUGCCACGGAGACGUCAUUGAGAGCGGCGGCAAGGGGAUCUUCCAGAAGAUCAUGGCGUGGCAUCUGGAGUCCAGCAAGUCGAAGUAGGCGGAUGCUGUAGUGGAUUUUCUUUGUCGAAGUUUUGAUUAGGGCGGUUCUAUGGCCUAUUUAUGUGAUACCUUUGUACUAGUUUGGAAAUAAUAAUGUGCCGUCUUUCUCAAUUACUGUAUAUGAUCGGUAUAAAACUCCUUGUGAACUGG